AUGAAUGGCGAAGCCGAGCCAUUGCUUCGUUUCUCCGAAGCGAAGAAAGUGCUCGGCGAUAUCUACACAGAUUUGGGAAAACAUGUUGAUGAACUGGAUGAUGUCUACAAAGAUAUCGCUGUUCCACCGGCACCUGGUGCCGGAGAUUCGGCUCAAUGCAUGGUUCCUGAUGAGCAAGCUGCCGAAAUUGAGCAAUUUCGCGAGUCGAUACGUACAAUUAUGGAAACAUUCAGACGAGAUAAUAUGAAAGUCGUAUUUUUUGGAAGGACUAGUAAUGGGAAAAGCACAACUAUUAAUGCUAUGCUGCAUGCAAAAAUACUUCCACAAGGAAUGGGUCAUACAACGUGUUGCUUCUUACAGGUCCAAGGUUGCAAUGAAGAUACUGGUUAUCUGCUCCUUGAAGAUAAUCCCGAACGAAUUCCUAUUGAGCAGCUAAGCAAAAUGGGUCAUGCAUUAAGCAGUGAUAACUCCGGGCUUCCUUCUAUGGGUCAGGACUCGCUGUUGCGUGUAUUUUAUCCAAAAGGAAAAGGUGAAGGAGAGAAUCGUUUACUGCAGAACGAUGUCGUCAUUCUGGAUAGUCCCGGUGUCGAUCUUUCUCCAGAAUUUGAUAGCUGGAUCGAUAAACAUUGUCUAGACGCUGAUGUUUUCGUGCUUGUCCUGAACGCUGAAUCCACUCUCACACAAGCGGAGAAAAGCUUUUUCUAUCGUGUAGCGAAGAAACUUAGUAAACCGAAUGUCUUUAUUCUCAAUAAUCGCUGGGAUGCCAGUGCUUCCGAGUCGGAACAUGUGGAUGAUGUAAACUUUUCAGUCUUUUCGUAG